AUGGAGCUGAGGGCGGAAGUGCUGUCGCUGCUGCGCCUGCAGGAGGGGGAGGGGGAACGGGGGGGGAAAGAACAGGGGGCAGGGGAGCGGGAAGGGGGGGAAUGCGGAGCAGGCAGCGCGGAUGGGGAGCGGGAGGAGCUGGCGUUCGUACGGUUGUACGAGGUGGUGGUUGAAACGGGGACGGCGUUACAUCUCAUCCUGGAAUACUGCCAGGGUGGCGAUCUGCAGUUGCUGCUGGCAGUGCACGCCAUGCAUCGCAUGGGCAUAGUGCACCGCGACCUCAAGCCAGAGAACAUACUCCUUAGUAGCGGCCCCGGUGCUUGUAGAGGCCGUUGCACUGUAGCUGAGUGCAACUGCAGUGAAGAUGGGGGUAGUGAUGCCAGCGUUGACACAUCCUCUCCCUUCCUCCCGCUUCCCUCACCACCUCCCUCCCCUGCUCUCCCUCCAUCAUCUCCCUCCCCUGCUCUCCCUCCAUCAUCUCCCUCCCCUGCUCUCCCUCCAUCAUCUCCCUCCCCUGCUCUCCCUCCAUCAUCUCCCUCCCCUGCUCUCCCUCCAUCAUCUCCCUCCCCUGCUCUCCCUCCAUCAUCUCCCUCCCCUGCUCUCCCUCCAUCAUCUCCUUUCCACCUCUCACGAAACUCCCACCCACCAUCCCCCUCUCUCGCCUCCCAUCCCUCCUCCCCCUGUCUUUCUCUUCCACCCUCUUCCCCCACCGCUUCCCUUUCUCCUCUUGCACCUCCUCCACCUCCUUUUCCUCCUCUCUGCUCGUCCCCUCCUCCCUCUCCGGUCACCACGGCAGCCAGCCCCCCUGUGUGUCCCUGCACGGCAAUGAGAGUCAACGUGGCUGAUUUCGGUCUGGCAGCAACGCCCUCUUCUCCCACCACUACUCCUCCUCGUACCAUCACGGCAACCAGCCCCCCUCCCUGUCCCUGCACGGGCAUUCAAGUCAAGGUGGCGGAUUUCGGGCUGGCAGCGACGCUGUCGCGCGGGCAGACAGCGGCGUGUGGGGUGGUGGGCUCGCCCUUGUACAUGGCGCCUGAUAUCAUCCGCGGGAGGCCCUAUGCGGGGGAGGUCGACAUGUGGAGCCUCGGCUGCGUUCUCUACACCUGCCUGUCGGGUACUGUGCCUUUUCACGGGAGGACUCACCGUGAGGUUUUCGCUUCGGUGUUAGGUUCGGCGCCGGACUUGAAAGGCGAGGUAUGGGAGGGCAUUUCGAGGGAGGCUAAGCAGCUGUUAAGGUGUCUGCUUGUAACGGAUCCUGGGCGAAGGCUCAAGGCUCAUGAGGUGCUGAAUCACCCGUGGGUCAGAGCAGCGUGUGGAGGCGAGUGUGGGCGCCACGAGAGGGAGUGGGGGAAGGAAAAGACGAGGGAGAACGGAGAGGGAGUGGUGCGGGAGGGGGGUAGUAAGACUGACUGCAGGGGCGGAACGGGUGAACGCAGGAGUGGGAAGGGUCUUACAGCAGAGGGGAAGGUGAGUGGUGGAGUGGUGCAUGUGGAAAAGGCGUGGUUGGAAACGCAUCCAAAGGACGGCGCGAAUGGGCAGCAUGUGGUGGGGUGUGCGGAGUGCUGCGCUGGGUGCCAUGCAAGCAAACCCCACACUUGCUGUCAGAGCCGCAGUGCCGAUGCUGCUGGCAGGCUAGCUGUGCAGGAGAAGGUGGGUGAGAGUGCAAGCAGGAGUGAGAGUUCACCAGAGGUGGAGCAGGUGCACAGGCUGACCACGGGGUGUAGCAGUGGGACAAGUGUCAGCGCUACGGCGCGUCACGUUUCCUUGCCUUUCAACCCAGAGCCACCGGAACAGAGCACACGCCAUAGUGAGGCAGCCGUGAGAGGGGAGGUCGAAGGACAGGAAGCGUGCUGGGAAGCAACAGUGCAGGAUUUCAUGAGAGAGGUGCACGUGGUUAAGGCAUGUGUGAAAAUCCACGGAGUGGAAGGCGAGGUUGGGCAGCAUGAGGUGGGGCAUGAGGUGGGUUGUCCUGAUUGCCACCCAAGCAGUCCCAACAGUCUCUGCAAAAGCAGCCAUGCUGAUGCGUGCUGUCAGAGCAGCAGUGCCAGUGCUGCUGGCAGGCUAGCUACUCAGGAGAUGGUGCGUGGGAGUGAAUGCAGGCGCGAGGAAACAGGAGAAGAGGGGAAAAUGGCUGGGCUGACCAGGGGGAGUGGGAGUGGGAGCAGGAGGAGAAGCAUUGGCACUGAGGCGAGUCACACUCACACCUCCUCGCCUUUCAAUCCAAACCUACAGGAAGAGAGCAGACGUGGGACUCACCGUAGAGGUGGAGAGGAGGUGGAGGGUAAGGAGGCGUGUUUGAAAGCAUCAGUGCAUGAAUGUGCUGCGCAGCGGUGCAGUGAGGCUGCAGAGGUAGACAUCUGCUCUCCAGGUGGUGCUUGGGGUGCUGGCUGCUGUGGGAGUAUCGGUCCCACUGACUUGGUGCUGGCAGUGGCAGCAGUGACGCUGGUGGUGGUGGCUUUUAUUACAGCUGCAGUUGUUAUGACAGUGGUGACAGCUGCAGCAAUGACAGCAAUUCAAAGAGUAGAUGCAUUGGCAGCAGCAAUAGCAGCAGUCACUGCCUAUGUACCAAGAGUGCAAGAAGUGAUAUUGGUGAUGGAAGAAGCCCCAUUUGCUGCAAGGGCGGGGGAGACAGUGGCUGCAGUCACAGUCGCCUUGCUUGGAGGAUGA